AUGGGCUUCGGGGACCUCAGAUCCGCCUCAGGACUCAAAGUCCUCAAUGAGUUUCUGUCAGACAAGAGCUACAUCGAGGGGUUCGUCCCGUCUCAGUCUGAUGUGUGUGUGUUUGAAGCUCUGUCUGCAGCGCCCCCUGCUGACCUCUGCCACGCCCUGCGCUGGUACAAACACAUAAGCAGCUACAGCGACAAGACCAGAUCUGAUCCUCAUCUUCUUCCUGGCGUGCAGAAGCCUCUUGGUCAGUAUGGUCCAGUGGGAGUGGCCGACAGCACAAACACCACUCCUAAAGCUCCACCAGCCAAUGAGGAAGAAGAAGACGACGAUGAUUUGGAUCUGUUCGGGUCUGAUGAAGAGGACGAGGAGAUGACGCGUCUCAAAGAAGAGCGGGUCGCAGCAUACGCAGCAAAGAAAUCCAAAAAGCCCGCCCUCAUCGCAAAGUCUUCAAUCUUAUUGGACGUGAAGCCCUGGGACGACGAGACUGACAUGAAGAAGAUGGAGGAGUGUGUGAGGAGUCUGCAGAUGGAUGGACUGGUGUGGGGACAAGCUAAACUGGUUCCAGUAGGAUACGGCAUCAAGAAACUGCAGAUCAACUGUGUGGUGGAGGACGACAAGGUGGGCACAGACCUCCUGGAGGAGCACAUCACAGCCUUCGAGGACCUGGUGCAGUCGGUUGAUGUCGCCGCCUUCAACAAAAUCUGA